AUGGCGGAAGUACCGAAUAGCCGAUCUGUUCCUUCUGGUCAUGACGAGCAGUUUGUUAACCCACCUGAUGAAGACCUUCAUUGCAUAAUAUGUUUUCUGCCGUCGAAAGAACCGGUUCUUACAAGAUGUGGUCACAGGUUUUGGCGGCAGUGUCUCGAGGAAUAUAUGCGAAGGUAUUCUUUAUAGUGGAAACUCCGUGUUGAUAUUUCUGAAGGGUUUUCCUGUCCUUAUCAGAUGUAUAUUGUGUAUAUGUUACAACAGACAACUGCAACAUUAUCAGUCGACUGUACAGGUAGGCUAGCUCUUGGUAAAACUUGUUGACUGAAAGCGAUCUAACGACAUUGCUGCAGGUUAAAAUAAGGAUGUAGUUGUUAAAAUUAUGAAAGUAAUUUCUAACUUUCACUUUGACAGCAAAUUCAAAACAGUGUCUAUAUGAACAGCGGCCGGUCAAAGUUUUUUGAUCAUUUAUUAAACUGAUCGACAGUCUGAUCUGCAUUUGUCUCAUCUCUAGAACUAGACUUGCUUCGUACGGACCAAUAAAGCGAAUUAGGCAUAGAGAUUUACUGAUUUAAGGAGACAAGGAAUAUAAUGACAUGUGUGUAUUAAUGGUUAGUCAACCAUUAAAUGUUUUGAAUGACAGGCUUGUCCGUCAACCGGUCAUAAUCGCCACAACUAACACAACCGAUAGAGAGCAGUUGUUUGGUAACAUUUCGAAUGACACAAGGCUCAUAAUGAUCUAGUUAAAGUCUGUAAACUCCUCUUAUUAAAGUAUUUUUAUUUACGUUGACACGUGACAGAAAAUCCUACAGACGGAUGUAUUCAUAAACCUUUAUUUAAUACUUGAGUACCACCUAAUGUUGUGGUUAGAGGAGAGGUAUUGUGAUAAAUGUUGUUUUCAAGGCUUCGAUAUGUACUUGCAGUCUCUAACACAGUAAUAGCUACUAUUGCUGGGAGCCCCCACAAAAUUACUUUUCCUUUGUGAAGUUGUAUCCCAGGUGUGCUCUAACUGCUCUCAAAUGCUCCUAAAUAGAACCACGGUUUUUUUCAACUUUUGACAUGUGCCCUUGACGGAAAAUCCGUCGACACCACUGGAAAGUAAAUAGCGCCUUAAUAUUAGUAAUUUUGCUCAGUUUGAAAGUGAUACGUUUGAAACGUGCAAAGAAAAAGCUCUCCAAAGUUGCGAGAAUUUUACAGACACAAACGGCUGUAGAAUUUCGUGACUUUGAGAAGUUAUAAAAAAAAUAAAAUAAAUAACGAUUUGGAGUUGGCACGUCCACAUAGUGGUCCUUUGUCGACCUGAUUUCUAGUCGUUAUAUCUUCGUUAGUUUUCAAGAAAUUACUUUCAAACAUGACGAUAUUAUCAAUUUCAAGGCGCUCUUUCCAGUGGUGUCGACGACAAAAACAUUUGCUUUAACUGGUCCACGGAACUAGAAAGUUGAAAAAACCGUGGAAAGGUCCCUGAUUCCUUUGUACAGGUGAUGGUUGCUCAUUCUCCCCUCUCUUGGUUUUCUUGUAUGAAUUAAGUCAUCGAUCACGCGAUGGAGCAUUUCAGUAGCUAUUUUAACUUUGUCCAAAAAUAAAAUGACGUCACGAAAGUAAGAAGUCGUGGAAGCGAUUGCAUUAGCUCAGUUGUUUUUGGUGAAAAUGGCCCGGAAAAUUUUAAACGUUCUACGAAAAAGAAAUAGCCGAAGGUCUGCCUAAACUGUAGCGAGAACAGCAAGAGUACUACUCAAAGAAUGACAGCAGUUGCUAGACUAAACAUCCUUUUAUAUCCUGCUGCCACCUCGUUCCCAGGGUUCUCUUCUACUUAUCCCUCUCUCGCUCUGUAGGGACGGAUAGGAGAGAACACUGGGAACGAGAUUGAUCCUGCUGAAUUUGCCAAGGAACAGACCGGUUAAGACGGAAACUGGUCCUCCUGUUCAGGCCUCACCGGCUAACGGAACAGGAGGCUCUGGGGACGAGAAUGCGCUGCCCUCUCGUCCUCUUUCUCGUCCUCCUUCCGGUACCGCUUUAGGAAGGUUGUCGCGUUAUGAUUAAACGAGCCAGUUGGCUUUUUUUAAUCAAUAUUAUUUAUUAUUAAAGGCAGGAGCAAGAGGGUCACCAGUUAACGUGUCCUUCGGACAGGAAAGUCCUGGAACAAGACAAGGUACUACUACACUAAUCAGUAGGAACUGGUUUAACCCAUUCGCCCCUGACCCGCCCGUAACCGCCCGUGCGGAUCCAGGUCCUUUCUACCCUUUGUGACGUCAUCCGUUUUAACGGUCAAGGACAACUUUCUUCGAAAUUUUGCUUUCUGCGCAUGCCCGAACUUCGCAAGCUGAUAUUUUGCAUGUGGAUCAGAAGGCCGCCAAGUGUACGACCUGUAAACCGGUUUCUGGUAAGUUUUAGCUCUUUAUAGCACGACAGUGACCAGAAAACCACUCGACUAGCUUCAAAACGCGUUUUUCGGCAAAAUCUCCAGGAGCGAAUGGGUUAAGAUGUCACCAAUGCGACGGCAACGGGAACUUCAAAAAAGCAAAAGGUUUAGGCAAUGUUCACACUAUACUGGAUCGGAUUUGUGUCGGCAAGAAACCCAUACUGGAUAGGGCUUCUGUGCACAAACAGUUGUGGAAGCGAGAUUUCUGUGACGGAGCGAAGAUGCGCUCCGCCGAUCUCUAAAGUGGAGUCAGUCACAUAUCGGAUGGGUGUUCAUGCUCCGGAUAGCCUUUCGUGUCAGCGCGAAAAUCUAUCUAGUAUCUGGUGGUGCAAGUGUAUCACACUUUUUGCACAUUUUUUUGCCGUCACUGCCCGAUUCAGCUACGUGAAACUUCCUAAUUUCCCGUUUUAUGACAACGCCAACUUACAACGACCAGGAGAACGACUCCUGACAACGACAAAUCUAUCUUUCUCUUUUUUAAAUUUGAUGUUUUUCUUCAGAAUUAAACUUCAGGAGAGUUCGCCCUCAUUAGACGGAGUGAGCGAGUCUUUCUUAAAGUGACGUUUUCGCCUCCGUUGAAAUCGUUGUUCACUUCCUAAUUCUUGAUACCUGCAAAGAGCUCAACUUUGAUCACAUAAAAGACAGAAUAAACUAUCAAAGCUGAUUUUAUGAAUGAAUAUUUUUCUUAUUUUUCUUCCAUGUUUACUUUAUUAGGACAUAUUCCCUGACAAACUAGCCGAAAGAAAGAUUUUGUCACAUGUCAUCAAGUGUCCCAGUGAGUGCUGUGAGUGGACUGGUGAGCUGAGGGAGAAAGAGGUAGGGAUUAUUGUUCACCUUGUAACUCCUCCCUCCUCCCUCGCGCGCGGUCUUGCGCCCUCAGUUCCUUUCCCCUUCCCUUUCUAACGCUUGCCACGCAGGCUAAUCCACGAGUAACAACUGAUUAACAAACAUGAAAAUAGGAAAUGUGGAAACUAUUACUGACACAAGAUUCUCUCUAAAACCCUUUUGUACAUAAUAACAAAAACAGUUCGGUUAAUUACAUUCGCAGUUCUCGCAGGCAAGUAUCACGAGAAAUACAACCUUAGAUAAAAGGGCAGUUGCCGGGUAUUCUGAAGUUUAGCCGAUAAAAGAUUUCCCAGCUCUAAAUUAAUUUCAGACAUUGUCAAUCGAUAAAAAUCACUUGAUCGCGGACAAUUAUUAUCGAUUUAGAUCUUUAUCUAUUGACUACUCCGGGAAGCAACUACACGUGGAACUGACCUUAUCCUGACGGGCGUCGGAUCUAAAUCGUGAAAAAUUAACUGUGCGCCUACUCUGAGCCUAGUCAAUAUCGGCUAGACAGAAGAAGACUUUUUUUAAAGUGAUAAUUGUUUGAUCUUUCGACUCUCAAUUGCAACUCAAUUGUCUAUAAAUUCACUGUUUGCAUGAAAUCAGUGUUCAUUUUUGGAUGAACAGAAGAACAGAUGCAUUUUCCGAUAUAAAUCGAUGAAAUCGGUAAAAUCUAGAUGAAUCGAUAAACGAAACGAGUGUGUCAUCGAUUUCUAUCGAUUGAUCCAUACAAUCGAUAACAAUCAAGUCAGAUUUACCAAUUCUUAUCGAUUUUUCGAUUGAUAAAUCGAUACCGAUUUUUAUCGAUGGACUACCAGGGAGUUUAGUGGCCGAUUGGUAUCAUCCCCGCCCCCCCUCCUUUAAAAAUUCCUGGAUCCGCCCCUGGCCUUUGUCAAUUGAUCUUACGUUUUGCUCAAAUUCCCCAGGGCCCAAACAGGAGAAUGUCCUUUCAACUGCAUCGAACAAGGCCGUUUUUCUCGACUCCUGCACUUUGGCAAGCGACGGCUUUGAAAAUAUGUAGUAAUACUAAUAACACUUUAAAGGGCCUAAGCCAUAAUAUUUUGGAAGAUUAAAAGUUCGCCGUUGACUGUCAAGAAAUUCAAGUCCCAUUUACAUUUUCAGCGCCACAUGAUCGAAAGUAAAACCCAUGUAUGGUACUAGCCAUAGAGCCAUGAUGAGACUGAAAAACGAUUUGUUAUUCACAAUAUUUUCUAUUUUAAGUAUUUGAAAUCGAAAAGUUCACAAAUGAGAACGAAUUUAACGUCACUAGUAUGGGAAAAACAGACCUAAAGAAACGAGGAGUGUAAAAAAAGCGCUUGUACUGGAUAUUUCUUCUGCAGCUGAAAGAAUGGUUUUGCCUUCUCUUCGGGAACAGUAUACACAUUUUAAGUAAUAUGUCAAAAACGAUGGCAAGCGCUUCAUCUCGAGUUUUAAACGCGGAGAAACAGAUGAAAUUACGAGGCCGUACAGGUACAGUUAAAAAGCGGAGGGAGGGGAGGGAGAGGGAUGAUGCAUUUUUUAUGGUCUGUCGUCUGAUUAUUUUAUUAGAACCACUUGGCCUCUUGUCCUUGGAAAAUUGUUUCUUGCACCUACGAAAAAUGUGGAGAAAACGUAACCAGAAAAGAUCUGACUGAACACGUGGCCAACAUGUGCGUAUGGAGAAUUUUGAGGUGUCUGCAUUGUGCAGAACAUCAUCCACAGUGCCAAAUGGAGGUAAAAGCAAAUUGCCGGCUCAGUUCUUGUUGUAUGUUUUGAAAGCCAUAAGACGGUAAUUAACUUCAAUGGGGAACAAAAGAACUUGGGACUGUGUGAAAAAUCCCUUCCCAGUAAUUGUUACAUAGCACUCUGCUUUUAAUGACAAUUUUUUCAUCGGCUUUGGGUUCAUCCCGUCGUUCCCCCGCAACCCCUCAGUAAUUUUGUGGCCAAGAAAAAGCACUCAUUUUCACCCAUGGUGCUCAAAAUUCAACUUUGCUUAGGGUGGGAUGGGAGGGGUCGCUAGUUUUACUGAAAUCACUAGAAAGGUCCCAACCCUUUUGACCUCCAUUGUAGACAACUUCUAUGGUAGCCGAAUAUAACACAGAAUAUUUUAAAACGCGCUAAUUUUUAUUUCAACGCCUUCACCUCACAUAUUACAAGAGACGAUUUUUUAUUCAAAAUAUCGUAAUUGAUCGACGUUUAUACCUGGGUUAGUUCUUCAAAGCCAAAUUUGGAAGAUAUUUACAAUUAUUUGAUAAUUGACGUUGAUAAUGGAAUGAUAGGACAAUUAUCCACGAUUGCCGUGCGCGAGACGGAAGCGUAUUUGCUUGGUUGUUUCAUGACAAGUUUACGUUUACGGUCAACGUGUGUUUUUGUUGAACAGUACUCGAUAAACGUAAUUUUUUAAAAAAAAUCGACUAACUAACCUGUAAUGAAGCACCGAUUGGGAUCAAAGGUGUCAGAAGUUGUCUGUUUUUGUCUGAAAGAUUACUGACCUUUUAAUAAAAUUUAACUUCUCGCAAUACCCCAUACUUCCACCCAAGCUACAUUUCUUUACUCACAAGAGUUUGGAUCAGUUAUGUAGCAAGCUGAUAUACCCUUGGUAGUUUCAUUAUUUUUCCACAUCAGUUGUUUGUACUUAAAACGUCUCUGUUUCAAAAAUCACUUUCCUGUACUAUUUUAUUCAGUUUUUACUUCUUUUUGUUCUUUGUCUUGACAGGCACAUUUAGAAAAUUGCGAAGGUCUCCUUACUGCCUGUACAAACAACUGCGGGAUUAAAAUUGCAAGUGACAAGGUGAUGCCAUUAAAUCAGUUUCGUUUUCUCAGCUUAUUGUCAUUUUCAGCCUUAGAUAUUAAAAUCUCUAAUACUGACUCCACAGUUCAUGAUAUUGUAAGUGUGAAGUCUUACGUGAAUCGCCUCUUUGACCCUGCAUGAAAACCGUGAGGAUCACGAUCAAUUAGGUUUUCUUCACUCCAAAGAUUGUGGUGUCCUUUCCUGUGGGCGCGCUCUGAAAGGGCAGAGCGGGACUGGGUGCGGGCUGAUCUGUUAUUUCCGUGAUCCUUUUCGAUUCUGUCUUUUGUGAGUCUGUUGCUGUCCAAUGUAACUCUCAACCACUAUCUAGAUCCCCAGGAACUCUUUAAACUACGUCAUCUUUUUUAGUCAAAUUACCAGCGUCUUUAGGCGCACUAUCUGUGAUUAAGUGUAGUCUCGGAUUUAGAACCAUGCGCACACCUUGUUGUUAAAGGCAGCGGCGAAGUUGAUGGGACAGACCUUUGAUAAAGGUUAAACUGUAGUGAAUAUGAACGCGGUUAUAUGCCCUGCAGUGGUGCUUUGUUGUCUAGUCUCUAUAAUUUUCUUCAAGAAAUUUAUGAAAAAAGUUGUAAGAGGUCUCUGUUGUAGUAAAUAAAUAUGCCUAUAACUCAAAUUAGCGCUAUCUUUUUCCAGGUGUCAGAUCACAUUAACAAUACAUGUCCACUGACAGAAGUUCCCUGCCCAUAUAAUUGGCUGAGCUGUUUCCUAAAGGUAAGUUUGGUUGUUAACUUAAGACGCAAUUUCCCCAUACAACAUGAGGAAAGCGUAUUGCACCAUAGCAAAAGAAAUUGCUUCCUGUCUCACCCGGAUCAUUACUUAGAUGAUUGUCUUUUACCGACCUUUAGCAGAAUGCUAUUCAUUUCUUUGGAUUAACCAACAAAGGUUUCUCUCUUUGUUUUUCACGUUGACCAUUGUUAGGAGUGAAACUGAUGUAUAAAUUCAUUGUCUGAAUUAGCUCGCGCUAUGAAAAAAAAACAUGUAGGUAGAGUCCUUAUUUUACGUCGGUAGCUCGAAUUAGUCAUCUGACCAACAAACAUGAGUGCGCUCGUUUUAACACCCCCGCCCCCCACCUGUCUCUCUCUCUCUCUCUCUAAGGUGACUCAAUAUGAUGUGGGCUCUCUCUAAGGUGACAUCAAAACACAAAAUACUCAUAACACACAGUUUGUAAUCGGUUCAAAGUGGAUACACUGCAAAUUAUAGUAGUUGCUAGAAAUAUAUAUCUACGUGUCGUAACUGUUCAUCAGUAGGAUGCCUAAAAUGUGUGAAAUUCCACAACUGGUUUCGGCUCCAUUAACCUCUAUGCGAAUUACACAACAUUUUAGGAGGAGCCACCCACUAUGUGAGCACAGUCACGGACAAAACAUAUAAUGGAGGAAAAUAACGCAAAGUAAAAUUAUGACGUUAUUUAACGAACUAAAUGUACACUUCAAUAGUAUCCUGAUCAGCUUCUCAGUUCUGCAGUUCUGCGUCUCAUCUCAUCAUGAUCGAUUGUCGUCAGUUGAAGUGUCCAGGUGGUUUGCUUUCUAUCUGAGGACAAUUUUCAUUUUAUAAGCUCCAAGGGGCUUAUAUUCGGAGCGGUUAUUUAACGAAGGGAUUUUGCUUUACGAGUUUGGUCGGUGGGGGGGAUAGAGAAUUGUUAUUGCCGCAAUUUUAAGGUAUUCACCACUAUCAAAUUUAGAAUUGCAGCUUUCUCGAUGUUUUAUGAGACCAUAACCAAUAAGUAACAUCUGACUCAUUUAAGAAAUAUGAUUAGGUAAAAGAAAAAUUGCAAAACAGACCUGUUUAAUUUCAGAUUCAGAGAGAAGUGCUUGAAUCACACCUUGAAGGCGAAAUAAGAUAUCAUCUCCAUUUGAAUAGCUGCAAAUUAAACGACAUCAAGGAUGAAGUUAGAAACCUUCAACUUGAAGUUGGAGAAAGAGCACAGGCCCUCCAAAAUCAAUUUGAAGAAAGAGUGCAGGCCCUCCAAAAUCAAUUUGAAGAAAGAGUGCAGGCCGUCCAAAAUCAAUUUGAAGAAAGAGUGCGGGCCGUCCAAAAUCAAUUUGAAGAAAGAGAACAGGCCCUCCAGAAUCAUUUUGAAGACAGAUUACACGCUUUCCAAAAUCAAUUUGAAGAAAGAGUUCAGGCCCUAGAAAAUCAUUUUGAAGAGAGGGUAAACUUGAUAACCGUCGACACUAGCAAUAAAUUGAGGAAGAAUCUGAGUUUCACUAUAAUUAUCUGUGCUGCUGCAGCUGUUGUCAUUCUUGCUGCGUUAAGUGGAAUGUCAAACCAAGAAAGUGCCGUUAAAGAUUUAAAAACAAAAGUGGACCAAUCUUUUGAAAGGCAAAGCAAACUCGAAAUGAAAAUGAAUGAAGUCGAGAAAGGUCUGAAAGGUGAACUGAUUGAUUUGCGAAGUCAGCUGGGGAAGAAAUUAGAUGAAGCUAACAAAUAUUUUGAAGCUGUGUCGCUUAAUAUGUCAAACCAUGAAAGUGCCGUUAGUGAUUUUAAAACAAAAAUGGAAGGUAGAGUGACUGAUGUACGAACUAAAGUGGAGAGGAAAUUGGAUGAAGCUCACAAACAUCUUAAAGAAAAGGUGAGUUAA